GGAUGCUUGACAGCGUUGGAGAAGAGAGAGUUGCGAUUGUUCGGCAGAGGCGACCCUAUCCCGGAGUGCACCCGUGUUCAGUUGACUCCAAUGGUGCGAAGCCCCAGAUGAGGGACUCGGGCGUCUGGGAAUGACAGCUGCUGUCACCGGGAGUGACAGCUUUCAUUCUGAGCUACUCCGCUAAGAAAACUCGGCAGCCUGACAACCCACAGUGAUCCGGGUCGGAUCCAGCCCGACUCGGACUAUGCCAGAGAUGGAGAAAGGGAGACCACCGGAAAAUAAACGCAGCAGGAAACCUGCGCACCCCGUGAAGAGGGAGAUCAACCAGGAGAUGAAGACGUUUGCAGAAAGUACCAUGAACGAGCUGCUGGGAUGGUACGGCUACGACAAGGUAGACCUCAGAGACUCUGAGGCCAACGAGAUCAGAAACUACAGAGAGAGACGUCAGCACGUGUCUGUGCUGAAAGAGAACUCAUUGCCAAAACACAAGAGCCCGGACACCAAAGUCGGUCACUCGGUCCUCGCCAUGAAAAGUGGAGAGAGAGAGUCCUCCGGCGUCCCCUCUUCUUCACCUUCUUCUUCCUCCACAAGUUCAUCCCUCAUCACCUCUAAGGAGCAGAAGACUGCUCCCGUUAUUGUACCCCUUAUAAAGCCAUCUGCAGUGGAAGAUGUGCAGAAUGUGCAGAUAGUCUGCGUUUGGUGCCAGAAAGAAGGUGUAAAACGCUACUCUCUCUGUAUGGGUUCAGAGCUCAAGAGCUUCUGCAGUGAAAAGUGUUUUGCCGCCUGCAGGCGGGCCUACUUCAAACGCAAUAAGGCAAGUGACGAAGACCUCCACGGUGAGAGAUCUCCUCAGCACGCCCACACAGAAGACUCGCCCAGACUGGUGUUGAAGAUAAACAGCAAUGUUAGAUCUCUCUCCCCUGUGCCACAGGUGUGCGAUUGGUGCAAGCAUGUUCGUCAUACUAAAGAAUACCUCGACUUCGGAUCUGGCGAGGAACGACUCCAAUUCUGCAGCACCAAGUGUCUGAAUCAGUACAAGAUGGACGUUUUCUAUAGAGAAGCCCGUGCAGCUCUCACCAGCUCCAGCCCAAGCAGAACCAGCCAGGAUGGGAGGGCGGACAUCAUUGUGGCCGGGCAGAAGCUACUCACUCCUGAGUCCUGGAGCAGCAGUGCAGGAGAAGCACGUCAUCGAAACCUUUCCCCUAGAGGGCCUACGCCAAACCAUGGAUCGGCAGAGUCCAACUCCAUGUCCCCCUCAGAAACAUCCACUUCUAAUUCCAAAAUCCCCAUCCCUGGGCUGAGGACCCUGGACAGACCCAUCCAGCCUCCUCCCCCUGCUAGGGACGUUUCACCCCACCCUGCUCCGCUUCAUCCUCCGCCUCAUCCUCAUAUGCCUUUGGAACAUCAGCCGGUACCUCAAAUCCACAUGCCCUUCAUCAGACCUCCUCUUCACGCUCAGAGCCUGAAAAGUCCCCUCGGCAAUCCUCCCCGACACCCAGGCCCCCCUUUGAGCCCUAUCCACAGACCUCCUCACUCUCCUCACCUGCAGCCCCCAACCUCUUCCAUGAAUCUCCCUGGAAUGAUGCAUCCCUUCCCGGGAGCCUACUUCCCUGGCUUCCACACCCCUUCUCUAAACAUGAUGCAAAGAGGUCCUGUCCCAAUGCCUCCCAUUAUGAACUACGGUAUUCCUUCCUUUAGUCCUCUCCUGCCCCAUCCCACUGUCCUGGUGCCUUAUCCUAUUAUUGUACCCCUACCUGUCCCUAUACCCAUUCCUAUCCCCUUUCCAUUCCCUUCUAAUGCAACCACAGAAACUCAAAGUCACAGUGGCGUCAUCCACCCUGUGCCAGAGGGGUUAGACAGCAGCAGAUCCAGGGUCGCAAAGCCGCCAACUUCAGGGAUCCCUGAAGGGGACAGCAGAUUGGUGGCCAACAAAUUGGGUGGAAGCUUGCCUCAGUGUCUCCCCUCACAAUGUGAACCCACCCUAGAUUGGGUUAAAUCUGAGAGGCCAUUCCCAUCCCCAAUAUCGACACCCCAAAGUGGUGCAUCCUCCCCCAGAGCACAGUACAACAUAUCCCCCUGCUCAGCCUCCGGGUCAGAGGGGCUGACAGACUAUAAGCAGCAACAGUCAGAAAGACAAGUUAUCCAACGGGUUCUUCAAAGGACUCAAGUGAAGUCCAGUGCCAAUGGAGUGGUGGACCGAUCCGUGCUGGGAAAGUCAGAUACUGGCCAGGGUACCAGAUCAGGGCUCCACAAUGUCAUCCGAACCAACCCUCCUUUACCACAGUCCCCUUCACAUGACACUGUCUGCCACCAACAGGACUGCCCCACUCCACCUUCACACAACCCACCAAGCCCAAAGGGUAGCAUCCGCCCAUUUGAUGCCACACCCUCUGCCCUGAAAUUACAGGACCACAGUCCAAAUGGGAUGUCCUCCUCACCCGCCCCUGCCACUCUGGACUCUUCACUACCCCAGAGAGUACCUGCACCACCAAGUAACCCUGUGCUCAGUGAGCUGGAGGCCAUCAAAGAGAAUAAGUUCUCUGCCGUUGGCCUUCUGCGGGUUGAGGGCUCAGUUUGUCAGUCAGAAGAGGCCUUACCUGUAGUGGGGGAGGUAGGAGAGGACCCCCAUGUUCCUGACGAGGACCAUGCCUAUGCUCUGCCCACAGCGCCAAAGACAAGUGGGACCACCACCCCGCUGCUCUUGCCCAAACUCAGAGACAAGGGUAGCCUACGGAGUCCUGCUAAUAUGCCCAGUGCUGGGGACAUGGAGCCAGCUCUGAAGAGGCGUUGCCUACGGAUCCGUGAUCAGAAUAAGUAGAGGAUGGAGACGCCCUCUUUAACACUGUACGGCGGUCCAGAUUCAGUGCCACGCCCUCUUGUGGACAACGCCAGUGCUAACAAACUCUGGCCUGAUCCGCAGCCUGUCAGCCCACCAGAGUGUUGCUCUGCCUGUAGACCAGCAGGGUGCCAACCCAGGAAGUAGUCCAGAUGGCCACAAUACCGCGAGUCACCGUGGGGGAAGAACACAACACAGUCACACAUGUUGUCUUGGACCAAAGAGUAUUGCUGGCUUGUGUGUUUUGCUUUGUACAGUGAGCAUUUGAGCAUCUCAUCUUCUCCCUGUCGGACAUUGCCCUCACGCACACAAGUGGGUGUGUGCGUGUGUGUGUGUGUGUGUGUGUGUGUGUGUGUGUGUACUGUGUGGCUGCCCAGAUGCGCUCCUCCUCCUCCUCUUCCUCCUACUCCCCUCCUUUCCUUGCUCCACACAGCAGACAAGGCUCUGAUCAGCCUUGUGUGGUCUUCUCAGAUGGAGCCUGAACAUGAUCUCUUUCCAGGGGAAACGGUUUGUUUUCCCUGCCCGGCUUGCACAAAGAGCCACAUUGUUCCUCUCCCCAUAUCCCACGCCGAGUCCCCACUACAGGUUUUGGGUUACCUGGCCGACAGGGGUUCAGACUUCAGGAACUUUUUUUAUUUUUUUUUGACCGACAGCCAAGAAUAUGGUAUACCCUUCUCCACUUCGCCGCCCAAUCUAAAUACGGUACACUCUAACGUAGUUCUGAGGCUCGAUUCUUCACAACGCAUUGCCUGUGAUUCCCUUCUCAGCUCACCUCCUUCGAGGGAGGAAGAAAAUUCUGCUGAGGUUAAGACUUGAGGCAGUUCAAACACUGUCUGGAGCGAGCCUACUUGGGCUGUGGAGACAACUGAGCGGAAUAACGCAAUCUCUGAGGAGAAAGGAUGCCCCCUGCGCCUCCUCUAAGACAUGGUAAAACUACAUAGAAUGCAGGAGUGGACCCUGGGUCUGUGAAUGUCCCGAUGACCUCGCCUCUCACCUGAUCUGCCAAAACGUUGAUCGGAAAUCUGAAUUAGAAUUACCUGUAGCGCCAAGUUUAAUGCAUGUUUAAAACCCAAAGCAUUCAUGGCAGUUGUAAUUCAUUGUUCAUGUCACUGGCAAUUCUUAAAAUCAGGCUGGUUAUAUUACCAAAUGUGGUAUUAUACUCAAGCAGUAAAUGCUGUGGUCUGCAGCUGUCAGUAUUAGAGGUCCCGCUGUUGGGGAUGACUGAUGAGAUCAUUUCGAAGCUUUGUUAACACAUUGUACCAUUGUAAAAUUUCAAUUUUUCUCAUUGGGUUCUACACAGAAACUAUUUGAUGUUAUAUUAACUUAUGGAUGAUGCAUCUGUAGAUUUUAAAAAAAAGCUCUAUAUUUCUUCAUGUUUUUUCUUGAAUGAUUGUAUAAUGUGGGUGCCGAAGCUCUUAAAUGCCCCUUGUCCUUAUGUAUAUAUACCGUAUCCCCACUAGAGAGCAGUGUUUGCCUUUGUAACUUUGCACCUGCCCUUAUUUGAAAAGUAAGCAGCAGAAGGCCCAUAGGCAGCCCUUUGAAAACAGCAUGAGUGCACAGAACAUAACGCUGCAACUCCGUGCCAGCUGACUGAUACCCAAUGCCAAGUAGAUAUCUUAUCCGCCACAUGUUGCUGCCAUUGUUUUCCUUUCACCCACCUCUACAGCAGACUUCUUAACGAAGAGUCUCCUGGGAUGAGUAGCCAUCAUGGCCCUACUCCUAGAAUAACUCCAAAUGUGACCCGCCCCUGCCAUCAUUCCAAAACUCAGUCUGUGCGUAUGCCUGUGUGUGUUUGUGUGCUUCUGUGUGUGCAUAUGGCGGUGACACAUUUCUCCCCCCCCCCCCCACCCCCGACUCAUUCCAGCCUACAUCUUCACCACAGGUCAUGCCAUUACGUUAGUGUCAUCCUCGGCUGGCCAGGGGACUUUGGCAGUGAUGACAUCACUCCGUACAAAUAGCUGUGGUGUCAACCAGUGUUCCUCCACUCUGACGCCAGAGGCCAAAAAAGAUGUUAUCAAAGACUGCCUUCGUUGGUUAUAUUGCACAUUUUAAUCAUUGCCAUUUCUGAGCUGAUACAGUAUGUGUGGUGAUCCAAAGUUUGGGGGAAAAAAAUGUGUUAUUAUUGCCUGAGAAUCAUUGGUACUUUUUGACUUGCCCUGUUAAACAUUUACCCCACUGUCUGAAUAGAUUAUUCACAGAUUGUUUGUAUUUGAAUAUUGAUUCAGUAACCGAGAGCUUUCGUGGAGACCUCUUUGUAAAGUACAAUAAAUAAAAGUUAUUCUAAGAGCAAAAACAUGUGGUGCGUUUUC